UUAUUAAAUACUUGUGCAUGAAUUUACAUGUUUGAAACUAGUAUUUAAAUGUAUGUAAACAUUAUCUGUUAAAAUCUUCGUCUAUCGUAGGAGCAUGUGAACAAGAUGGCUAGUGAACUGUCCAGAGAAGAACUUGAAGCAUAUAAAGAAGCAUUCGGACUGUUUGAUGCAAACGGUGAUGGGGUAAUAUCAACAUGGGAACUUAAAUCUGUGUUGAGAGCACUUGGUCAGAAUCCCACAAACGAGGAAUUGAUUGAGAUGAUACGUGAAGCUGAUCUUGAUGGAAAUGGAAUUAUAGAUUUUGACGAAUUUAUAAAUAUGAUGAUUCGGAGGAACAAUUCGGAAGAAAGCGAUGAAACACUCCGGGAAGCUUUUACCAUUUUUGAUCAUGACAACAACAAUUUCAUUACAUGUGCUGACCUGAGAUACGUCAUCAAGUCUUUAGGAUUGGACAUAUCAGAAGAAACAAUCGAUGAAAUGGUUCGGGAAGCAGAUGAAGACGGCAACGGAAAAGUUGGGGUUGAAGAGUUUAUAAAAAUAAUGAGAUCAAAAUGAGUGAGGUCUGCUGCAAACAGAAGAGACGAUGUAUGCGAGCAUGUCACGUAAAUGUGUGCUACUAAGGCCAUGUAGACUUCAUUUUGAAGAAAUACGCAAUUAUUCUGCAAGUUCUUUUUGUUAUUCAUUUUGUUAUUGUUGUUGCUGAAUGUUUGUUUUUGAAAGAAGAUAUUUGUAAUCUUUUUUUUUUAAUAAAUUUUUACACUGAAA